AUGCAAGUCUUGAAUGAAGACAUUCAGGGUCUCGAAAGUCAAGAGUUCAACCCAUCGAAAACAAUAUCAGACCCCUUCUUUCACCUAGUCUUCAACUCAGAACCUCAGCCUGAAAUUGACCUAUCCAUAUCCCCAGACCCUUUCUGGGCCCGGUGUGGCUUCUGGCCAGAUGUUAACAUGCAACUUUCUUCCACUGAGACGCCCACUGAGAAGGGCUCCGACUCAAAUGCAACGACAAACACCAAUAACAUUGAUAUCUCCACAGCCCUCCAAGCCUCCGAGCCAUCCACCUUCUCAUUCCCAGACGACCGAACCCUCGAGGUCCCAUCGCUGAAGCUCCUCACCGCAGCGACCAAACCCGUUCUAUCAACCUCGAUCCAGCGAGUCGAGUUCCGGUACCAUGACAUCCUUGGGCUCCUCGCCAUCCGCAUCGACCUCGACCUCGUCCAGCAAUUCAUACCCUUCUCCCAACCACCACCACCACCCCUAAAUACCACCCUCGAUAUAAAAUCCCUCCCCCCACACCUGCAGCCAAUCCCCACCCAGCGCCUAAUCCCCCACCACCCCGUCCUCGACCUCCUCCCGUGGCCCGGCACGCGCGAUAAACUGAUCCAAGUAUUCAAUCUGCCCGUGUCCUUGCGUCCCCGGAACGCACAGGACCCAAUGGGUUUGGUCCGUCUGGUGCACGGCAUGGAGGAUGUCGGCGGCGAGGGGAUCAGGGUACAGGGUGGGGAUCCGUUCGAGCCAGGGGGUGGGAGAUCGGGCAGGUUGUGUUUGAGCGGUGGUGCUGGGCUUUUGAGAUGGGGGUUUGGAUUUGGGGUUGGGUAA